CCCCCUACGCAGCGGCAGGACCCGGGUGAGGAGCAACUUCCCCGCAGAAAACCCCCCCACGCCUUCAGCAUUUUUUGUCGGAGGAAUUUAUCCCACCAGCGGAAACGCGCUCGUCCCCAAGUCAUCUCCUUUAAAAGCCGCGGGCCCAAGCCCCGCCCACUACGGAAAGUGACGAGGUCUCGCCGCGGAGUCCGUUUACUGGCUCCUCCUGCCACACCUGGUACCAAUCGCCAACUCCGGCACAGGUAGAUAGUAAAGUAGGCUCCGUGGCAUAAGACUGAAGAACAAAGUAAAAUAAGUUUUCUUCCCGAGAAGAUACAGUUCCAAGAUGGCUGCUCUUUUUCUAAAGAGUUUAACACUACAGACCAUAAAGACUAAAAGUAAUUGUGUAGGAAGAUGCUUUGGUAAACACAUGGUGCAAAAGACAGCACCAGCACAGUUAUCCCUUAUUGCUUCUGACCCAAGACUGUCCUACCUAAUUCAUGCAAAAGCUUUUAGUACUGCUGAUGAUCCCCAGGAUGAAAGAAGGAAGAAAAAAGAGAAUGAAACAGAUUUUAGUAACAUCGGAAGAAAAAUUCGUGAGCGAAUUAUUCAUGUACUUGAUGAGAAGGGCAAUGAUUUGGGAAACAUGCACCGAGCAGAUGUCAUUAGACUCAUGGACGAGCACAACUUGAGACUGGUCCAAAGGAAUGCCAGCGCAGAGCCUCCAGAAUACCAGCUCAUGACCGGAGCCCAGAUCUACCAAGAACGCUUAAGGCUAGUAGAGAGGGGAAAGGCAAGUGGGAAAGAAGGUAGGUAUUUUGCUGUUUGUUCCCUGAAUCCUGUAGGACUACAGACCAGCAGUUUUCAUUGUGGCGUUGCCAAGGUGCACGUGACAGUGGGGAAAGAAGAAACUGGAAAACUCAUGGCUUCAUCACCAUUCUCAAUGUCUUUUUUUCUCCUUCAUCCUUCAGUUGUUUCCAUUCUUUUUUUCCCCUUGAUACCCUGUGUCCAUUAUCUCUUCCUUUAACCCUGUGUCAAAUGAAGGUAAACAAAGUGAACACUCCAGAACGGUGGACACGCUUUUGCCCUGUGUCCUGUAGCUUUGUGUCCUGAUGCAGUGGCAAGCAGAGGAAUGAUGCACGUCGUGAAAUGAGAUUCGCAAGAGAUGUGUUCAAGUUCCUUGUGCUAUCCGGGUCACUCACUUAACCGCUUUUUUUCCUUCUUCAUCUCUAAAGUGGAGGUGUUUAGUUAAUUAUACAGAAGCGCCUUUUAAACCCUGAAGUGAUUCAUAGAGCAUCAUGCCAAAGCAUUUUGUCACAGUAUUGGUACUGACACUCAUUGACAUAUUUGGCCAAUCACCUUAUGAGGUACUUGUCAUU